CAGAUUGUAUUGUUACUUUAUAACCUUUGUUUAAAUCACACAUCAAUAUGAAUAAACAACUUAUCAUCUGGGUAUUUCUUGCUGCCGUUUUUGCAAAAGGUUUAUCUUUACAAUGCUAUGUGUGUACUAACUGUGACACGCCAUCUAACUUGCAGAACUGUACUUCUGCGGAAGGUUCCGGUGCAACCGCAAAUUUUGUGGACAAGUGCUUGAAAACAACUUUGACAGCUAAUGGUGCAACUACAACUUCACGAGCAUGUCAAUUCGUAGAUUCGAGUGUACCGAACGUAUGCGCUGCAGCAACUCAAGGUUCGGGCACAGGCACAGCAUGUUAUUGUGAUACAGAUCUCUGCAAUGGUUCCGAUGCUCUCAAAUUCAACAUCGUUCUUAUGGUCAUGCUAACCGGAAUUGUAGCAAGGUUUUUUGCUUAAAAUAUGGAUCGCUUUGUAAUUACAGUAAUUUCAACAAAAAUGAAGUAUGCUUGCUAGUUUUACGUAUUCGAAAAUGUAUAUUUUUCUACGCUAAAAUUUACCGCUUUUUAAUAGUAGCAUAAUUAAUUGACAUUUACAAAAAAGUAUUGCGAUGCAAAUCAAUAAUUCUGAUUCUGUAAUCAAUGUAUUUUUUUGUUUUUAACAGUCUAUUUAACGCCCGUUACGCGCUUAUUUUCAGGGCUGGGCAUUUUCGAUGAUUGAAUCGAAUGGUUUUUGAAUAGUAAUUGUAUGUGACCGCUCUGUUAUAUUUUGAUUCGAAAUUUUCGUUCGAAACGAAUUGAAUAAUUUACUAUUCGAUUCGUAAUGCCGAACCCUACUUAUUAUAGAGUUGAAAGUAACUUUACAUGUAAUUUAAAUAAAUAAAGUAUGUAAAAUGAAAUUCAU